AAGAGCGUGGAUAGCAACUGGCCAGAUAGCAGCACCGACUGCGAGGAGAUCGUCUGGGAAGGUCCUCUAGAUCUGCACGCUCUGCAUGCCCUGUAUCGUGUACCCAGCUCGAGCCGCGUCGUUCAGCCCAGUCGGCGUAUCCAUCUGCACUUCCUGGGUCCUAUCGGUUUCUGCCAACACCUGUUUUCCCAGUCUUGGCUCGCUGUCUAAUUCUCAAUUUACGUAUCUAACGAGCUUUUAGACUAUCGCCUGAUACCCUUUCUGCAACUCUUGAACCAUCUCAUCGCUCCUUAUACCUGUGUUUUCUUCUGUGCUCUCGUAGCUCUCUAUCGGAUUCCUUUGUCCCUACUCUCAUCCAACAAACCACAUUACUUUAGGCCAACUUGCUCUAUUAUUCUCUUUUAUCUCUCCCCACUCCAAUGUCCUCCCCCCCUACUCCACCUGCUCUGCUCGAAGCAACCCGGCUCUCGACCGCUGCAUGGCAGAGUGAUCUUCAGUCCCUCUUUAAUGAUGCCAAGGACCGAUUCCCAGAUGUCGUCUGGGAGUUGCUGAAUGAGGAUACCAAUCGUUCUCAGGAACCUGAUGAAGUAUGGGGUCACAAAGCAAUCGUAUAUGCUCGUGCGCCACCUAGUUUCCAAGCUCGCUACUUCUCCUUCCGCCCACCUCCGGCCACGUCCCCUGUACCAUAUUCUUCCUCACCAACCGGUACCCUUCCUGCUCAAUCCGCUCUUUCAUUGACCCUUGGCGUGGACUUCGGUGCGAUUUCACGAUCACCGUCUCCCUUCCGAGCCUCUUCUCCUUCUCCAUCUACCAACACCGGUGCUCUUCUCCGUCUCCCCACAUCUAUCAAUCCAGCACUCUUUUCCAAUGAGCUCGAGUACCUCUACACCGGUAAGGGCUUCGGAGAAGCCUUCGAGUUCCUCUUUGACACUUCCGAAAGCCGUGAGGAAGGCGAUGCGGAGGAAGCCAGAAUCGACAAGUUGCGAAAGGACCUCGUUUUCAUGUGGCGAUCGCGUUUGUAUUCAGAUGUCAAGAUCGCCCUCACAGGCACUUUCUCUUCGUCAAAUCAUGACACUACGACCGCUAUUUUUUCCUCUCAUCGUUUUAUGUUGGUCUCCCGUUCACCGUACUUUCGCGCUCAACUACUGCAAUGGGGCACAUCGCAGAAACCCGGAGAACAGCUCACUUUGAACCUACCUUCUCCACCAUUUACCCCGGCAUCUCUCCAUUUUACCCUCGGAUUCCUCUAUACCGGUACUCUGAUUUUCUCCCAUCGAACGUUCGACCUCGAGACUGCCUUCCACAUAAUGCGUUCCGCAACCUAUCUGGAUAUGGAUACCCUUUACGAUGAAAUUCAAGCACGUAUUGUUCAAGAGAUGAUGCAUGGCCUAUUCCACGCUUUCCUCGAAUUCAAUGAGUACGAGAAUAUCACUGGCGGAAAAUGGGGUACUGGUGGUUGUAAAUGUCGUCAAUGCGCGCGUCGCGCUCCUCGUAUACUGGAGUUCGCGCUAUCGGAUGAUGUCAAGAACGCCAAUCUGGAACGGGGCGCUCGUCGUGCACUCGUCGGACUCUUCGGCGAAGGAUGGUGUACACCCGAAUUCGCGCAUCUACCUCAGAAGCUUCGGGAUGGGCUUCUCAAGGGUCUUGCCAAACGAACAACACCCCUCAAUAUAUUCCCUUUGCUUUUCGCUUCUCACACGGCGCUCAAGAAACUUGAAAACGUCGUUGAGCCAUGGGCCGAUAUUUCGAAGGAGAUGGUCUUGACGGCACGCAAGACUAUUGAUGAUGUUCUAGCGACUCAAGCGGCCGAAUGCUUCGAGCAGGUCGAAUGGCUGGAAAUUAUGGAGGGUGAUGGUUCACGUUUUGAGGAUGGGGAGCAUGUCGAAUGGACUAUGGAAUCGUUAAGGCGAGGUAUGAAUGAAAAGAAUGGUGCUGGUCUUUAUCAGGUCCUCGUUGACGCGAUCCUUGUACGAUCGAAUCCUUCUGACCCCGAGCAGCCGCUUUUGUCAUCGACAUCUCAUGUCCGUGUACAAGUUGAACAGGCUCGUAUGGACGUCGUGCGCUGGCUGCGUAGACGAUGGAUCAAUAUUCGUCAAGAAGGUGGAUUCGAAGGACUACAUGGCUGGGCACUGAAGGAACUCGCUCAAGGUAAUUACUUAUACUCUCGUAUAAUAACUUCCGAGUUUUCACACCCCACAUGGAUAGAAAUGGAACUGAACGAAGAGGACUUGUUCGCGCCGUCUACACCCAAGGCAAUGCCCACUAGAGGCUCUCCGCGCACACCGAAAGCGGAUGAUAAUGAUACCGCUAGCAUGCACUUGCGUACCAGCGUGUUGAACCGUAAUGUUACCAGGUCGCCGGGAGAAGCGAUCACAUCCUCGUCUGCGUCAAUCCGAUCUGUCGCCCGCAGUACUCAUUCGACGGUUUCCCGUGCGAGCACUGCUACAUCCUCAAGUAGACUUCUCGUCCCGCCUGGCCCUCGGCCUGAUUCGAAGCUUACACCCAAGGAUAGCAGACCCUCUUCUCCCCGAUCUUCACUAUUCUCAGUCGAUGGUAGACCGCUCAAAAAGCUCCCUUCAACGUCCAGCGUUGUUAGUAGCCGUCGUUCAGCAGCGACUACCUCCGUCACCCCAAGUGAACAAAGUACUCCGAGGCCAAAGUCUAGCGCUGCAUCUGUUCGGUCCACCCGCUCGACUGCAUCAACUCUUAGACGUCCGGUGCCCGGAUCGUCCACUUUACGGCCACAAUCUAGCUCUUCACGGCCUUCUUCCACCCUCUCUACAACGAGCGACGGCUCUACUAUCUUCGAAAGUGCCAAGUCCGACAUCCCCCCUAGCUCUGCGCCGCGAACACGUCGGGUCUCUACAGCGUCGAGUGUUUCAACAGUCAGCACUAGAACCACAGGGACUCCAUCUCCCAAGACCACGCCUUCACGUCCAGCAUCCAGCGCAUCUAAGGUUUCACCCUCGCCAAGAACGAAACGCCCUGCGGUACCGCCCAUAGACCACAACAAGCUAACCCCAAUGGCGAAACGGACGCCGUCUAACAUUUCCAUGCGCUCGACAAUGUCGACUACGUCAACUACAUCAAGACCGGGCUCCUCGCGUAAGACAACGACAAGCUUGCGUCCUUCUCCUCAGGUGUCUCGAACUGCGAGUGGACCGUCUGGUAAGAUGCCGUCUACCGUUCUUAAGGACAAGAACACCUUCUCGACGACCAAGUCACACGAGAAACAGGAUAGUGCGUCCACCAUCAAGGGCUCUCUCAAACGCAAAUCGUCAUCGGAUACCAUAACAGAAUCCACAACUGGUCCGUCAUCGUCGGAGACUUUGCCUCGAGGUGCGACACUGGACAUUGGCAUUCCUUGUAUCAUCUCUUCCAAGCGAGCUCGUUUCCGUGCAUAUGCUCGUUACAUCGGCGAAGUCGAGGGCGAAGCUGGCCCCUGGGUAGGUGUUGAGGUUCCUGUCAAUGACAGCUUCCCGGACGACAAGAUGGAUGAUAGGCAAUGGAAUGAUGGUUCGUGGGGAGGUAUUCGAUAUUUCGAUAUCGGGACAUUGUCAGAGUGGGAAUAUGGGGAUGAGCGUAUCCGAAGACGACGAGUUGAUUGGUCUACGGGAUCUCAGACGUUGAAGCGGGAAGGAGAUCAACUUAAUGUUGAGAGGGCCAAGCGCAUUCGAAGUGCUUCCCCAGCGAUAUCUGAUAUGUCUGUGUCAGAGUCUCGAGGACUGUUCGUCCGUCCACAGCAGGUACUCUACGUAGUUGACGCGGUAGCUUAAGGUUGUGUCAGUGUGUUUGUGGAUGGAUAACAAUGGUAUUCAUUCAUGAUCACUUUCUGUGCACUGCUUGAGAUGUUGUCUAGCCCUCUUACGGGGGGACUUAUACCUAUAAGUCCGCAGAAGCUUCUGCCGAAGCUUCUGCCAGCUGCUGCAGCAGCAGGUCACGUAACUAGAGAAGCUGCAGAAGCCAGUCAUGUGACUGCAGCAGCAGGUCAUGU